CCUACUUAGUAUAAGAAAAGGAGAGCAAUGGGUGGUCAGGGCGGAAUUGAAAGGAAACUGACCGGCCCCAGGGGAGAAGCGGAGGGGAGAGAUUCUGUGCUUGGGGUUUGACCCUCUCGGGUGGCCCCAUUUAGCUAAUUUGCAUCAAGAUUCAGCAGCCGAUGAUGUGUGUAUGUGUGUGUGUGUCUGUGGACACGUCAGCACCUUGGUUAAUUAAUUAGGUCUGGCGGCUUCUCUGUUGACAACUCAGCUGGUUCCCCACCCUGGCAAUUGUGAAGAGUUGGCCAAAUGUUUGUUCACUGAGCUGAUCUCUUCUCUGGAGCACCGAGGGCCCCAGGAGGGAGGUCUGUGAAACCCCUGCCCCUGCCAUUGACCUAAGUGUUGGGCUCUUGAAUCUAACAGACUAGUUUUUCAAGUCGUGGGGGAUGGGCUUGGGCAUUUUUCCCUGAAACCUUCGGAAAUCCUUGCCUUGGAGACUGAAAGGAUAAAGGCCUCUGGGGCCAGGUCACCAGGGAGAAUGGAUAACGCCUGCCUCUGCCCUCCUGGGCACACCCUGUGUGACCUUUCUUAAACCAGUUUCUUAUCAGGUCACACCUUGGCGCCACAGUCUGUCUUUCUUCAUGGGGCAUGGGUGAGGGCCUGAGUUUGCUCCCUCUUCCUCCACCCUCCAGCUUGCACCAAGGAACUUCACUGGCCACUUCACAAAAAUGGGGAUUGCAUCAAUAUGACCAAAUCUCCCUUGUUUUUUUUUUUGUUUUUUUUUUUUUGAGAUGGAGUCUCGCUCUGUCGCCUAGGCUGGAGUGCAGUGGCGCGAUCUCGGCUCACUGCAAGCUCCGCCCCCUGGGUUCACACCAUUCUCCUGCCUCAGCCUCCCAAGUAACUGGGAAUACAAGUGCCCGCCACCACGACCGGCUAAUUUUUUUUUGUAUAUUUAGUAGAGACGGGGGUUCACUGUGUUAGUCUUGAUCUCCCGACCUCGUGAUCCUCCUGCCUCGGCCUCCCAAAGUGCUGGGAUUACAGGCUUGAGCCACUGUGCCCAGCCUUGUUUUUUUUUUUUUUUUUUUCCUGAUGGAGAAAACAAGGCCCUAUACUGGCCCUCCCUUAAUUUCAUUUUAUCCAGGGAUUUCAUUUAUCCAGAAUUCUUUGGCCACUGCAAUCCUAUCUAAGUCAUUCACCAAGACAAUGCAAACUCCAGUGACCAUUCCCGUGCCUGUGCUCCGGCUGCCCCGGGGCCCUGAUGGCUUCAGCCGUGGCUUUGCCCCGGAUGGACGCAGAGCCCCCUUGAGGCCAGAGGUUCCUGAAAUCCAGGAGUGUCCCAUAGCUCAAGAAUCCCUGGAAUCCCAGGAGCAGCGGGCCCGAGCCGCCCUUCGGGAGCGUUACCUCCGCAGCCUGCUGGCCAUGGUGGGUCAUCAGGUGAGCUUCACGUUGCACGAGGGUGUGCGUGUGGCCGCCCACUUUGGAGCCACCGACCUGGAUGUGGCCAACUUCUACGUGUCACAGCUGCAGACUCCCAUAGGUGUGCAAGCAGAGGCGCUGCUCCGAUGUAGUGACAUUAUUUCAUAUACCUUCAAGCCAUAAAGAUACUGUGUUCACUUUUCUGCUUGAGGCUAAGCCACUGUAUCCCAGGCCUCCCAAUGUUCCCAAGCCAGGAACUCUGGGCCCCAUGGAGUUAGGAGCUCCCUUGGAAUUUUGAGCCAAGCUUUAAGCAAGUCUGGACUCCUGAGACCUCCUGGGUCUAGUCAGUAAAAUUCUGCAACUCUAGGAAUUCUAAGAUCCCAUUGGAAGGAAUGCUGUACCUCACAGAACUCUGAACCCUACAGAAAUAUGGGCCUGCUGCCAUUUCCUGAAGACCGGGGCAUCGGCGUGGGGUGAUAAAGGAGACAACCUGCACAGGCGGAAGUUAUUAAAGAGGCUGCAAAGUUCAGCCACCCUGAAGAUACUCCCCAGUGCUCCCCUCCUGCUAAAGAACCAGUUACCCCAGGAAAA